AUGGCAGUACCUUCUUCUUGUGAUUGGACUCAUGAUGUCUUUCUAAGCUUUAGAGGCACUGAUACCCGAAACACUUUUACUGGUAAUCUCUUCAAUUCUCUCCAACAAAGAGGUAUAAACACUUUCUUUGAUGAAGACACAAUUCAUGAAGGAGAUGAAAUCACACCUACUCUUCUCCAAGCCAUUGAACACUCCAGAAUUUUCAUUGCUGUUUUCUCCAAAGACUACGCAUCUUCGACUUUCUGUUUGAAUGAGCUUGUCACUAUUCUUGAGUGCGCCAAGCCACCACCUGGAAGGUUGUUUAUUCCUAUUUUUUAUGAUGUGGAUCCUUCCCACAUUCGAUACCUAACUGGAACUUAUGGUAAAGCUUUCAAAAAACACGAAAAGAGGUUUAGAAAUGACAAGGAUAAGGUGCAGAAAUGGAGGAAUGCUUUGCUUCAAGCCGCUAAUGUUGCCGGAUGCCAUUUCAAACCAGGGUCUGAAUCAGAAUAUAAGUUUAUUAGAAAGAUAGUUGAUAAGAUCUCUAUAGAAAUCAACCGUGUUCAUUUGAAUGUUGCAAGCAAACCUGUUGGGUUGAAGUCUCAAAUGUUAAAAGUUAAAUCUCUCCUUGAAUCUAAUGAGAGAGUCAUCAUGGUAGGCAUAUAUGGAAUUGGCGGAAUAGGAAAAUCAACACUUGCUCGUGCUGUGCAUAACUUGGUUGCUGAUCAAUUUGAAGGUGUGUGUUAUCUUGCUGACAUAAGACAGAAGACAACUAAUGACGAUCUUGCACACCUCCAAGAAACACUACUUUCUGAAAUACUCGGGGAGAAGGAUAUUAAAGUGGUAGAUGUUCACAAAGGAAUUUCAAUGAUUAAAAGGAGGCUCCAAAGAAAGAAAGUCCUUUUGAUUCUUGACAAUAUUGAAAAAGACAAGCAGUUACAGGUACUUGUAGGAGGACAUGAUUGGUUUGGCUCCGGCAGCAAGAUCAUAAUCACUACAAGAAACAAGCAUUUGCUGGCCACUCAUGGGAUUGUGAAAGUGUAUGAGGUCCAACAGCUAAACAAAGAAAAUGCUCUUGAAUUAUUUAGUUGUCAUGCAUUUAAACAUGGAAAACUGGAUCCAAGUUAUGUGGAUACUGCAAAACGUGCAGUAUCUUAUUGUCAUGGUCUUCCCUUGGCUUUGGAGGUGAUAGGUUCUCAAUUGUUUGGAAAAAGUUUAGCUGUAUGGAAAUCUUCAUUAGAUAUAUAUGAUGGAGUCAUUUGUAAAGACAUCCAUGACAUUCUGAAAGUUAGCUAUGAUGUUUUGGAAGAAAAUGAAAAGGGUAUUUUUCUAGACAUAGCUUGUUUCUUUAAUUCUUAUGAAAUAGGCUAUGUCAAAGAAAUACUAUACUUACAUGGUUUUCAUGCUGAAAAUGGUAUAAAAGAUCUUACUGACAAAUCUCUCAUGAAAAUUGAUAUCAAUGGUUGUGUGAGAAUGCAUGACUUGAUUCAAGACAUGGGCAGAGCAAUUGUGAGGCAGGAAUCAACAUUGGAGCCUGGACGUCGCAGUAGAUUAUGGUUUAGUGAUGACAUUCUUCAUGUUUUGGAAGAAAACAAGGGAACUGAUUCAAUAGAAGUCAUAAUUGCUGACUUGCGCAAAGACAGAAAAGUGAAAUGGUGUGGAAAAGCCUUCGGACAAAUGAAGAACUUGAAAGUUCUUAUAAUUAGAAAUGGAGUUUUUUCCCAAAGUCCUCAAAUUCUUCCAAGUAGUUUGAAAGUGCUUGAUUGGAGUGGAUAUCAAUCCUCCUCUUUACCUUUCGAUUUUAAUCCCAAGAAUCUUGCAAUACUCAACCUGCCUGAAAGCUACCUUAAACAGUUUGAAUCAUUCAAGGUGUUUGAGAUGUUGAACUUUCUAGAUUUUGAAGCCUGCAAGUACCUAACCGAAAUACCUAGCUUAUCUAGAUUACCCAAGUUGGGGGCACUGUGUGUCGAUUAUUGCACAAAUUUAGUUAGAAUUCAUGACUCAGUUGGCUAUCUUGAGAGGCUUGUUUUAUUAAGUGCUCAAGGAUGCACCCAAUUAGAAAUUCUGGUUCCUUGUAUCAACUUGCCAUCUUUAGAGACUUUAGAUCUUAGAGGUUGCUCAUGUCUUGAAAGGUUCCCGGAAGUAGUUGGAGUAAUGGAGAAUAUAAAAGAUGUUUAUUUAGACCAGACUGCCAUAAAACAAUUGCCUUUUACAUUUGAAAAUCUCGUUGGACUCCAACGUUUGUUCUUGAGGGGAUGCCAAAGGAUGAUCCAGCUACCAAGCUACAUAUUUCCCAAAUGUGAGAUAAUUACAUCUUAUGGUUGUAGAGGAUUUCGAUCAUUCAACAAUGAAGAAAAAGUGCGCCCAAAAGUGUUUGUAGAUGCUAUGCUUGUUCACAAUGAAGGUGGAUGGUCCUACCUUAAUAUGUAUUCUCGUUAUACAACCUCCAAUGAUGUCCUAGAAGUGUGUACUCCUCUAUGUGAAACCAAUUUUUCUAGAUUUAGGGAUAAAGAGGGGAGUGCAAGUAAUAAAUCAUCACUGUCUUUUUGGUUCCGGAAUAAUUUCCCUAGGAUAGCUCUAAUGUGUCAAGUAGAAUAUGAAAAGCAUUUGGACAACAUGGUGUUGAAUUUCGAGUUGAAUGUACUCAUCAAUGGGACUAAACAACUUACUUCCUCAUGUGAAUACAUAUUUUAUACUGAAAAAGUGACAACACAAACUCUUAACUUUGAUGUAAUAUGCAAAGUGGAGGGUGUAUUUUCAGAGAAUGAGUGGAAUCUAGUAGAGAUUUUGUGUGAGUUCAAACGCCUCAUACCAUGUGAUUUUGAAGGGGGGAUGGCCUAUCGAGAUUGGACCACUAAGAGGAUUGUGAAGUGGGUUUUCUUGAUAGAAAACAAAGGGGAUGAUUUGAGUUACCUUGACAAUCCUAAUUCUCCUAUGUCAACCGAAGAGAAAUUUCUAGAGAUAGAAGAAAUAAAGGAAAGAUUACUCGUCUUGACAAUCCUGAUUCUCCUAUGUCAACAACUGAAGAGAAUUUCAAGAGAUACAAGAAAUAAAUGA